UAGCACAUCCGCCGUGAUGACGUAAGGUUGUUGACGUUCUCUUUUUAACUUCAUAGGUACGCGCGUCUGGUUGGCGUGUGUGAUUUGUCCGCGUCUGUUGGCGUGUGUGAUUUGUGCGCAGGGGGGAUUCCCCCCCAAACAGUUCUUCCCUUCUCGUCUUUCGUCGGUCUGUGCACUCUGCUUCGAGCUCGCGCCGUAACCGGAUAUCUCCCCGCUUGUUUUCGCGUCCUUUUUCCUCCGAGUGGAUUAACUUUCCAGAACUCAUCUGAUUAAAAAAAUAAGUCUCAGAAAGUUCACCAGUCUUCUCCGUCGGGCCUGUUGCUUCGAGCUGAAGACCCGCGGUGUUAUGAGACGCAGCGGCUCGGUCCUCCGGCUUCAUAAAAGAGCGGUGGUUUCCUCUCGCAGCAGGCUGCCCGGACAGCGAGCGGCGCGCGCUAGUUAACUGGUUAGCCGGCUGGUGGGGGAACCCCGACGAGGCCAGCAGCAGCAGCUUUCGCCAUGUCGCGCGGCGACCGUUGCAAAGACGACUCGCUGGAGGACACGCGCAUCGACUCGGGCAUCGACUCGUACCGCCCCACGCUGCAGUCGGAGGACCACCGGGAGCCGAGCGGGGACCUCGGCGGCGCCAGGGACAAGUAUGCCGUGGAGGAGCGCGUGGAUUCCGCUUACGGGUCCUCGUCCAUCACCGCGGACAGUCUGUCGGAGAUCGUGCAGGCCUGCAGUCUCUCUAGAGACGCCGAGGAGCAAAGUCAUGAACUCUGUGAGGAGAACCCCCUCACGUCCAUCACAGAGGAUGGAGACACAAUCUUGCACCUAGCCAUCAUCCACGAAGAAACGCAUAUCGCUCAGGAGUUGAUACAGCUCUUCCCCAAAGAAGUCCUGGACAUCCAGAACAAUUUAUACCAGAGUCCUCUGCACCUCGCCACCUACCUGAACCUGACGGACGUAGUGAGGGAGCUGACGAGGAAAGGGGCCAGCCUGGAGCUGCAGGACCAGGACGGGAACACGGCGCUCCACGUGGCGUGCCAGCACGGUCAGAAGGAGUGCGCCUCCGCGAUGACCCGAGACUUUUCUUACGGCUCGCUAGAGCCCGUCCUCAAGAUCCAAAACUGGAGAGGACUUGCUUGUCUUCACCUGGCUGCACUUAACAGGAAAUACCAACUUUUGAAGCUCCUGGUGAAAAAAGGAGCAGAUCUUAAUGUUCAGGAAGGAACGAGCGGUAAGACGGCGCUGCACCUGGCGGUGGAGAUGCACGACAUCCCAUCAGUGAGACUCCUGAUCAGUGGGGGGGCCAACAUGAACGCUGCCAUGUUUAACGGCUGCACGCCCCUGCAUCUGGCGGUGGGACGGCAAGACAUCAUCAUCGCCAACCUCCUGUUCCAGGCCGGCGCCGACAGCAUGCUGCGCAACAUGGAGGACGAGACGGCGCUGGAUCUGGCUGACGCCAACGAUGAUAUUCUGGCAGUCUUCCCCUUUGAUGACAUCCAGAUCUCAGGGAGGUCGGUGGUUUUGAGCUGAAUCAGACCUGCAGAGCGUGGAACCUCGCUGCAUCUGACACCUUUUAUUUGAAUAGUUACACAGGAUUAAAAAUAACCAACAUA